AUGGACGAAAUCGAUAAUGAGCUCAAUGACUUGUUCUCCUCCGCAACUGCUUCAGGUGGCCCUAUUGAGCAAGAUGUGCUCGCAGAGUUGCAAUCAAUUAUGCGACUGCACUCAAUACCACCACAAGAACUUUUCUACAAGUGGGAAUCAUACAGUAUUAAAAUGGGACAAGAUGAUAUGAAAUUGGAUAUCGAUACUGUUAGAGCUCUCAAGCAAAAUGUACAAGACGGACUCGAGAAGGAAAAUCGAAAAACUAAGGCUUAUACAUCAAAUAAACGAACGGGGGCUGCACCUCGAAAUGUUGGAAGUAAUAAUGAUGUUUUUGGAAUGUUAGAUAUCACGCCAAAUACUCCUCGAAGUGGGAUGAGUUCACGACCGAAACGUAAAUUCGAGACGCCUUCCAUAUCGAGGGUGAAAGCAGAACCCGCUAGUAGUCCCCCGGACUUUAGGACAUCAAGCAACCUGAACGAUACUGGUACUGGCGCUACGCAUGCUCCCACUUCAUUCAACGACCGACCGCAUGCUGGCCAAACCGUUGAAGUUCUGAAUGGCCACCUCGAAAUCCCAGAGCCUCCAAUCGCUCCUUAUCCGGAAUCAAGAACUAAACUUACGGCAAAUUCGGACAUGAAGAAGUUAUCUUACAAGACAAUGGCUAUGAAAUCAUCGGAAGCUUCAGAAAUAUUGGAUGACCGGAUAGAUGAAUUUAUGCUUCUCAUACAGGCACAUCAUAAGCUAGAAGAUUCAGAUUUUGGCAGUGCAGCAAGUCAAAGUACAAAUGAGAUAGUAGCUGUCGGGAGGAUUGCAUGCGACUCUGCUGAGGGAAAGCUUAAUCCCUCUUCAAUUGUACUCGAGACCUCACGAAGAAUGGGUGCAGGAUUGCGAAUACCACUUAAAAUUGACAAGAUGAGAGGAUUUCAAUUCUUUCCCGGGCAGAUAGUUGCUUUAAAGGGGAUAAAUGCUUCCGGCGAGGAUUUCACCGUAAGCGAAAUUCUCGAACCUCCCUUACUCGGUGUUGCUGCAUCGACGCCUGCCAGUCUCGAUGACCAUGUUCGAAGACUCCGAGGAGGUUCAGAUGCAAUGGAUGAUGAUUCUGAUCCAGCACCACUUAAUAUUAUCAUAGGGAGUGGACCCUUCACAGCAGAUGAUAAUCUGGACUUCGAACCUCUACAUGCCAUUUGUAGCCAAGCAGCGGAUAACUACGCCGACGUACUAGUUCUCACUGGGCCAUUUCUUGAUAUAGAUCAUCCAUUAAUUGCAAGCGGAGACUUCGAUCUACCCGAGGAAGUUCUGGCGAACCCGGAUUCCGCUACCAUGACCGCUAUCUUCAAACUUCUCAUCACCCCAGCCUUCACCCAACUCACUUCCAGUCACCCCAGUAUAACUAUCCUCCUCAUUCCUUCAGUCAAGGAUGCCAUCGACAGACAUGCCGCCUGGCCCCAGGAGCCCUUUCCCCGGAAAGACUUUGGUCUUCCUAAAGCUGUCCGGGUCGUUGGUAACCCUAUGACUAUCGCCCUCAACGAGAUAGUGAUGGGUAUCUCCUCUCAAGACAUCCUCUAUGAACUUCGACAUGAGGAAAUAGUCGGUGGAAAACCACAGGAUUCUACUUUGCUUGCACGUUUACCUAAGUAUCUAAUCGAGCAACGACAUUUCUUUCCGUUAUUUCCACCGGUUCAAAGAUCUCAGUUACCGAAAACUGGAACGGAGGACGGUAUACCUGUGGGAGCGAUGCUCGAUACGAGUUUUUUGAAACUGGGUGAGAUGAUCAAUGUGAGGCCGGAUAUGUUGGUGGUACCAAGUUCACUACCACCCUUCGCUAAGGUCGUAGAAAGUGUGUUAGUGAUCAACCCAGGAUACUUAUCGAAGAGAAAAGCAGCUGGCACAUAUGCAAAAUUGACGGUAUACCCAGCGUCGAUGACGGAGCAAGAAAGGACACAAGGAACUAUGAUUGGUCAUAAGUUAUUUGAGCGAGCUCGUGUAGAUAUUGUGCGGAUAUGA